AUGACACAGAAGUCCUCCUCCAAUCACAGAAGUCCUCCUCCACUCUCAGAAGUCCUCCUCCACUCUCAGAAGUCUUCCUCCAAUCACAGUAGUCUUCCUCCACUCUCAGAAGUCCUCCUCCAAUCUCAGAAGUCUUCCUCAAAUCAUAGAAGUCUUCCUCCAAUCACAGAAGUCAUCCUCCAAUCACAGAAGUCCUCCUCCAAUCAUAGAAGUCGUCCUCCAAUCACAGAAGUCCUCCUCCAAUCUCAGAAGUCCUCCUCCAAACACAGAAGUCCUCCUCCAAUCAUAGAAGUCCUCCUCCAAUCACAGAAGUCCUCCUCCAAUCUCAAAAGUCCUCCAAUCAUAGAAGUCCUCCUCCACUCUCAGAAGUCCUCCUCCAAUCACAGAAGGCCUCCUCCAAUCACAGAAGUCCUCCUCCAAUCACAGAAGUCCUCCACUCUCAGAAGGCCUCCUCCACUCACAGAAGUCCUCCUCCAAUCACAGAAGUCCUCCUCCACUCUCAGAAGUCCUCCUCCAAUCACAGAAGUCCUCCUCCAAUCACAGAAGUCGUCCACUCUCAGAAGGCCUCCUCCAAUCACAGAAGGCCUCCUCCAAUCACAGAAGUCCUCCUCCAAUCACAUAAGUCCUCCUCCACUCUUGGAAGACCUCCUCCAAUCACAGAAGUCCUCCUCCACUCUCAGAAGUCCUCCUUCAAUCACAGAAGUCCUCCUCCACUCUCAGAAGUCCUCCACUCUCAGAAGUCCUUCUCCAAUCACAGAAGUCCUCCUCCACUCUCAGAAGUCCUCCUCCAAUCUCAGAAGUCCUCCUCCACUCUCAGAAGUCCUCCUCCAAUCACAUAAGUCUUCUUCCACUCUCAGAAGUCCUCCUCCAAUCACAGAAGUCCUCCUCCACUCACAUAAGUCCUCUUCCAAUCACAGAAGUCCUCCUCCACUCUCAGAAGUCCUCCUCCAAUCACAGAAGUCCUCCUCCACUCUCAGAAGUCCUCCUCCAAUCACAUAA